UUUAAAGCGACGGUCGUGCCUAAGCUAGAGCUGCGUUUCACGAUAAACUGUAUAGAGGAUAUACGUAUACAUAUAUAAAUAUAUAUAUAUUUAGUGCCUAUAAAUAUAUAUCCAAGAAACUCAUUGUUCAAGUGACAUACUUUCCAAAACUUGCGAUUUAAUGGAGCUGGUUACCGAUGCAGUGAGAAAAUCCAAUAUCGACGGCAGUGCUUCAUCCAUUUACGGCAUGCCGGUGGAUGCGCAUAAUCCGUUCUAUUUGGAUUUGUAUCGCAAGUCUGUGCAGAAUCCCGUCGCCUUCUGGGAGGAGUUGGGACAUUUGCUGGACUGGGACAGGCCCUGGGAGCAGGUGCUGGACAACAGCAAUUCGCCAUUCACUAAAUGGUAUGUUGGUGGCUAUUUGAAUGCCUGCUACAAUGCCGUAGACAGGCACAUACUGGCAGGCCGGGGCGAUCAAGUGGCCCUCAUCCACGACAGUCCGUUAACGGAGACUGUACGCAAGGUCACCUACCAGGAGCUAUACGAUCAGGUUGUGCUGCUCGCAGGCGGACUUGCCAAGCUGGGCGUAAGCAAGGGCGAUCGUGUGGUUAUAUAUAUGCCACUGAUACCGGAGACUAUAAUCGCAAUGCUGGCUAUUGUUCGCCUCGGAGCCGUACACUCUGUGGUAUUUGGCGGCUUUGCUGCCCGUGAGCUCUGCUCUCGUAUUGAGCACGUCGAGCCGAAGCUAGUGAUUGCCGCCAAUGCGGGCGUAGAGCCAGGAAAGGUAGUGCCAUAUCUGGACAUACUUCACUCCGCCAUCAAUAUGUCCCGCUGGAAGCCACCGCAACGCAACAUUAUUUUCAUGCGCGAACAAGUCGCAUCCGAUAUUUUAGACGAUAAGCUGGAUGUGCUCUGGUCAACUGUGCAGGGCAUGGCCGACGCUAAUCACCCAGUGACCUGCGUACCCAUCGAAGCGAACGAUCCACUCUACAUACUCUACACAUCGGGCACCACGGACAAGCCGAAAGGUGUGCUACGCACAAUUGGCGGUCAUCUGGUGGCUUUGAUGUACACCUUGAAAGUGAUUUAUGGCAUUAAGCCUGGCGAUACGUGGUGGGCUGCCUCCGACAUGGGCUGGGUGGUGGGACACUCUUACAUAUGCUACGGUCCGCUCUGCCUGGGCGCCACGAGCGUCAUGUACGAGGGCAAGCCGGAUCGCACACCGGAUCCAGGACAGUACUUUAGAAUCAUUGACCAGUACAAGGUGUGCGGCAUCUUCUCAGUGCCAACCUCUUUCCGUGUGAUACGUCGCGCCGAUCCGGAAAUAAGCUAUGGCCGGCAGUACUGCAUGAAGUCGCUGCGUGCCAUAUUCAUAGCUGGCGAGCAUUGUGAUUACGAGACGAAGGCUUGGAUAGAGAAGACAUUCAAGGUGCCGGUGCUGAAUCACUGGUGGCAAACGGAAACCGGCUCGGCCAUAACGGCGACUUGCUUGGGCCUGAAGCACAACCUCAGUCCGCCAAUGUACUCUACCGGCUUGCCCCUAGUGGGAUACGAUGUUAAGAUUUUGAAGAAGGAUGGCACUGAGGCUCUUCCCUCGGAGCUGGGUCGCAUUGUCUUGAAGCUCCCGCUGCCCCCUGGCAACAUGGCCACGCUCUAUAGAAACGAUGAGCUCUUUCGCAAACUCUACUUCCAAAAGUUUCCGGGCUACUAUGACACCAUGGACGCUGGCUAUAAGGAUGGGCGUGGCUAUGUUUUUGUUACGGCACGUGACGAUGAUGUCAUUAAUGUGGCCGGUCAUCGUUUGUCCACCUCCAGCCUAGAAGAUGCUGUGCUAAGGCAUCCGGACGUUGUCGACGUCGCUGUAUUUGGUGUGCCGGAGCCCACUAAGGGCCAGGUGCCGCUGUGUCUCUACAUACCCGUCGAGACCUGCAAGAAAACCGAUGCGAAGCUCUCUGCGGAGAUUAUCAAGCUCAUACGCGAUAUUGUCGGUCCCAUAGCUGCCUUUCGCCUCAUCACCUCGGUCAACAGCUUGCCACGCACGCGUUCCGGCAAAACGAUGCGCAAGGCCAUGGCCGACUUUGCCCGGAAUGAGCGUGUCGUGCUGCCGGCUACCAUUGACGAUGCCAGCGUCUUCAGCGAGAUUCGGCGCGCUCUACAGCAUCUGGGCUAUGCGAUGUCUGCGCCCGAUCCCAUAGUGGCUAAGCUUUUGGACUGAUCCUUGACUGACAUCGAGAGUCACGCAAGGAACGAAGGUUAUCUGUGCAAUUAUUUUAGUCUUUCGUAAAUGUUCAAAUAAAUCAAAUAAAAUAUCAAC